AUGGAAAAGUUACAUGAAUAUCAGGGACUUACUGGACGUCUGCAUGAAUGGCGAGAUGCUCUAAGAACACGCAUUAAUGAUUUUGAGGAGAAUGGGAAAGGAAAUGUUUUUGAAAUUGCUAAAAAUACAGCUAGCAAUCAACUUAAGGGAAAUGUGAGCGCAUCUCAGGAUUUUUCUCAUAUAUACAGAUUUAAAACACGAAUGGAACUUGUACGGAUUUCUGCUGCAGUAAUGGGUAUUGAAUUUUCUUAUGCUGCUGAAACAGCAUUUGUUUCUCCAACUCUUUUAAAAAUUGGAGUAGAGCAUAAACACAUGACUUUGGUAUGGGCAUUAUCACCCUUAGUCGGAUUUUUUCUUUGUCCCAUACUUGGCUCCAUGAGUGAUAGAUGCAAGUUAAACAUGGGUCGACGUAGACCUUUUAUAAUAUUAUUGUCAGUAGGAGUUUUGCUAGGUUUAUUGCUUGUUCCAAAUGGAGAAAAUUUAGGUUAUUGGUUUGGCGAUAAUAACAUAAGUGCCACGGCCAUUAAUAUUACAAAUAAUUCAAGUCAAGCGCAAAAUACAUUACCUAUAAAAAUGUUUAAUACGACGCUAAGUUCACAGCAUUCAUAUGGAAUUUUUUUUACCGUUCUUGGAACUGUUUUAUUAGACUUCGACGCUGAUGCAUGUCAAAGUCCUGCUAGAACAUUUCUUUUAGAUAUAUGUGUACCAGAGGAUCAUGCUAAAGGAUUAUCAACUUUUACAAUAAUGGCCGGACUAGGUGGAUUUAUGGGAUAUUCUAUGGGAGGUAUUAAUUGGGAUUCAAUGAAAAUUGGUCGCGAGCUUGGAGGUCAUGUAAAAGCUGUAUUUACAAUAGUAACUUUUAUUUUUAUUGUGUGUGUAACCAUAACAAUCACCAGCUUUAAAGAAAUUCCUUUGUGGGCAUUAAAUAAAUUAAAGGGUAACAUAACCAGCAACGACGGUACUGAUGACUAUCCAGCAACAAAUUAUGGAACAUUACGUAAUGACAAAGUCAACCCAAUGGAUAUAAAUGAGUUAACAAAUAUAACCAACGAAAACCCAGAGUAUAACGAAUCUGUUGAAUUUGAUCAACAUAUAAAAGAAACUGUUUUUAUCGAAAAUAGUACUGAGAUUUCAUCAGAUGUACACGAACAACCAGAAAGUUGUGCACUGCAAUCCAAUACUGACCAAUCAUUGACAAAUUAUUUACAAUCUAUUUUGUAUAUGCCUCAUUCGUUGCGCAUGAUUUGCUUGACCAAUCUCUUCUGCUGGAUGGCUCAUGUCUGUUAUUCUUUGUAUUUCACCGAUUUUGUAGGUGAAGCAGUCUUCAAUGGAAAUCCUCGAGCAAUAAAAGGAUCAAUAGAACAAAUUCGGUACGAGGAAGGAGUUCGGUUUGGUUGCUGGGGGAUGGCGAUGUAUUCAUUAUCAUGUGCAAUUUACUCUGUUUUGAUUGAAGAACUAAUUAAACGCUUCAGGGUUAAAAAAGUUUACGUGGGGGGAUUGUUGUUUUACUGCGUUGGAAUGACUUUAAUGGCAUUAACUCGAUGUAAAGAAAGCGUGAUUAUCUUCAGCUGGACAGCUGGCGUUAUGUAUUCUACGCUCUUUACAAUGCCAUAUUUGAUUGUAGCACAUUAUCAUUCCAUGGGCACGUUUGAACUCAGCACAGACAACACUAAUAAAUAUGCAACAGAUGUUCGUGGAUUAGGAACAGACAUAGCAAUGGUAAACAGUAUGGUAUUUCUAGCGCAAUUUAUUUUAUCACUGUGUAUGGGAACAAUUAUAUCUAUAUCGGGAACAACAACAGCUGUUAUAACUACUGCUAGUUUUCUAAGCUUUUGUGGGGCAAUUGCAGCGGCCAACAUUAUGUACCUGGAUUUGUAAAUUGUUUUAUCAGGAUUUUUAUUAAAUAUAAUUGAAAAUUUAGGAGGAACUAGUACAUAUGUUAGCGUUUAAUUUUAAUGUCACAGAUUAAUUAAUAUUUACAGAUUGUACUAAUAUUUAAUAUAAGGCCUUUUCGGUGACUCGCAAGUAUGACAAAAAAUGCAUGCUGGCCUAUAUAUUGACUUCGCGAUGCAUUGGUAUCUGUCACGUGUUAAGUUUUCAAAUAGCAAAAAUAGCUUAAUGUAAGUAAAUUACAUUGUGUAUAAAA